CUCAGCUCCUCUGCUCGGCUACACCCAGUGUGGUUAUGAGCGGCGAAGCUACACCGCUGCUCGGCGAGUCGGAGCCGUCCGUCAACGCAACGGGUCCGCGGGGCGGAGCGGUGGUGAGCCGAGGGCGGACGCGGACGGCGCUGGACACCAGCCGGCACGGUGAGCGGGAGGGAGCGAGGCGCGGGCAGGCACGCGGUGGGUGGCGACCGCCGAGUGAGCGGGUGUGGCCGAGCCUGCGGCGGAUGUCGCCGAUCCGGAGGAUGGAGAACGCCGAGCCAUCGGUGCCGGUGCUGGGCAUUCCACUGCGGCUAAACCGGCGGCAGGGCGAGGCGGUCGAUGAGCACGAGGAGAGCGAUAACUACGCUGAGCUGAAGCCGAUGCCCAUGGCGUCACCGAUGGUGGUGGUGGUGGCGCUAGCGAUGAUGGUGGUGGCGCUGGCCGGUGUGGUGGUGUCGACCCGGCGCCAGACGGCGAGCGGAGCCGCAGCGUACUCGAGCGAUACUGAGGCGUAUCUGUGGUUCUGGGCAGCGGAGCUCGCGGGAUGGGUCGUCAUCCGCGGCAUAGUCGAGUAUCUCCACCGAUGCGCGGCACAGCGGUGCUUCCUCUACUUUUGGUUCUACCUGGUGGAGGGAACGCAGCGGGCAAUGACGUGCGUGGUGUGGGCCGGGAUCUCGCUGGCCGUGGCGGCGUACGCCGAGCCUGCGUCGAGCCGGGCACAUCAUGGCGGAGACCUUUCGACCUCAGCCAAGGUUCUUGUCGCUGUCUUGGUCGUCUUUGUCCUCAACAUUGUUAAGUACGCCUGCGAGCGGGUGUGGCUGGAGCGGAUCCACGCCGAUCUGUUUGGCAAGGAGCUGGCGAGGCUGGUCAAGGACGAAGAGCUCGUGUGCAAGCUAACCUGGUGUCGCCCAGAGGCCAGCGACCUGUGGGUGACGCCGCCAGAGGAGCCGCACACCCAUUCGCUCCGCAAGACACUGUACGCGUUGCUGGGGCAGGCGCUCGGCGGUGAUACCCACGUGCUCGACGCCGAUGAGAAGCGGGCGGCGUCGGUGGCGCGGGCGACGGACAUCCUCACCAACGUCGACACCGAGAGCAAGGGCUUUUUUACGCUUGAUGACGUCGACGCUGCGCUCGGCUCGCGACGUAGGGCGCGGCGGGCGAUGCAGAUCUUCGCGGCGCCCGGUGCCAACUUGGGGCGUGUGCGAGUGAGCCACGACGACGCGGUCUCGGCCAUCUUUGCAGUCUUUAACAAGCGCGAGUCGAUGUACCGCAUGCUGCACGAUCGCGGUGCGCUCUCUGUCGUCUUGCACCGGUUCACCGGUGUGCUCUUUUGGUUCCUCGCGGCCGCGUGGUCGGGUUUUAUCCUAAUCUUUGUGGUCCGUCCGUAUGCGGUCGGCGACCGCAUCACCCUCGACGGCAUGCCGACGCUCAUCGUCUCGGCCAUCCACUUGCUCACCACCGAGGCGUUCUCGCCCGACGGACGGCACUUUCUCAUUCCCAACGCCAAGCUCGCAUUCUCCUCGAUCAUCACCUCGUACAAGCGCUCGCGCGAGUACGCCAUGACUGCAGGCGUCGCCGUUGCGCAGGACGCAAUGACGCCCGAGGUCUUCCAUCGGCUCGAGGAUGAGGUCGUGGCGUUCAUGGCCGACGACGCAUCCGUGCCGUGGGAUGUCGAGGACAACUUUAUGAUGUGGGCCGAUCCCGUGGUCAACGGCCAGAUCACCGUCUCGGUCUGGAUCGGACUCCGCGGCGUCAACUGGGCUCGCCCAGACGCAUACCUUGGGCCCAAGACCCGCCUGGUCCUCGAGAUGCAGCGCAUCCUUGCCACCGUCGGCGUCCAGGCCGCCCCACUCCCACUCCAGCCGGUCAAGUUGAUGAAGCAAGAGUAAGUUUGAGAGUUGCCGUAGCCGUAUGCCGCACCGAUCUCAUAGUUGCCCACCGCCCCUCUGCCCCAUCCCAGCCAUGGGUAGCAGGCAGGCCCCGCUUGCGUAGGCUGAAAAUUUCCAUGAAAUGUCACGUGCGG